UUGAUUUUUUUUCAAAGCGCGAACUCGCCCGCACAUUUUACGGCGUAUGCACCCUCGUUAUAAAACAUGUUCAGUUUAUGUAAAAAAAAUAUAGUAAAAAUGUAGCUGGUUGUUGGCCAUGGAUGAUACACAUGGAGAUGAAGUAAAACAUGAUGAGCAUAGGAAGAAUGCUCAUACAGCUGCAGAACAGAAGCGACGAGAUGCCAUAAAGCAUGGAUUGCAGCAGUUGCAACAACUAGUUCCAGGUUGUAACCAGUCAGACGUUCACAAUGGAGUGGUAACGAAAACGAGCAAAGCUCAAGUUUUACAAAAAGCUAUUGACUAUGUAAAUUAUAUGGUAAAAGACAGAGACCGGAAAAAACAAGAAAUUGCUGAAAUGGAAAAAAAGUUAUCUGCUUUGAAAAUUAUGAAAGAGAACUAUGAACAGCUGGUUCGAACAAGCGAUGCCCCUGCUAAAAGCGAGAUCUCAGAUGAUAUCAAAUUUAAUGUGUUUAAAUACGUUAUGAAUGCUUUAUGGGAGUCAUUCAGUGUGACAGUUGUAAUCUCAAGCUUUCAGUCUUUAUCAGGAACUGUUAUAUCAUGGCUUGAAAGCUAUUGCAAGCCAGACAUGUUGAAGUCGAUUGUUGUGAAUGCUGUGCGAAGUACUUUGGGUUAAACUUGUAAAAUGACUGUUGCGUCAUACAGAACUAAUUUGAUUAUAAUUGGCAAAAUCUUUUCGCAUUUACAAGUAAACAUGUUAAAGUUGUUGCCAGAAAGUGUCAACUUUUGUAACCUAAAUGAAGAAAAACAAGUGUUAAUGUA